UAAUUAUCGGGUCGCCCAGGUCCAGGCUGAAUAAACGGUCCAAAGUUCCACGUCAUUAUAUUUCUCUUCUCAACCGUCACAAAACAAGCGUCGAACUGUUCUCAUUGCCUAAUUGAUAUUUGUAUCACUGUCACAUUAUGCAGUCAAUAAGAUCAAAUUGGAACCACGUUAUCAAUGGUGAAUUUUGUUAACUUGAACUGUGUAAAUAAAUCAAUCGGAUAAGAAGAGGAAGGGGACAAUGUUCUUCAACGAUUUGAUUCAACGGAGACUGGUGUCUCUGUUACAGCCAUGGUUAAACGACGAAGUUGAGUUAGAUGUUCAGUUAGGGUUUCUUCGUUCUCACGCAAAGUUAGAGAACCUUACCUUCAACACGUCAGCACUCAACGAGUUGCUAGAUGAUCCUACUCGCUUGUGUUUCAAACAAGUAACUGUCCAACGGUUGAGCCUUCAUGUAUCCAACUGGUCAGCUCCUGCAUUUGAUUUCCAAAUCCAUGGCCUUGACGUCGUUUUAUCAGUCGGAGAAGAGGAGGAGGACGGUGUUAGGCGGAGGCCAAAGCCCAGAGACUCGUCCAUUGAGGAGCGGGAAAAUAUUCUAGCGGAGCUUGAUCCAGAGGGUAGUGUUUUGCACAAUACCAUGAAGAUGAUUUCAGAAGUUACUUCAGGAAGUUGGACCACUCAUUUAUUUGAUUGGAUAUUACAACAAUGUCGGUUGCAAGUGUAUGAUGCUCAUUUCUUUGUGCAGUCUCCUUUAUCAAAUGAUUUAUGGUCGCUGUCAUUUGAGAUGAAGGAAUUUGGGGUACAAUGUAAACACAUUAAGGGCUGUCUCCUAACUGGACUGGUUAAUUCAGUUUUUUUGCCUUCUGGAGAGAACUCUUUAGAUCUCAAUGUUCAGCAAGUGGAUAUCAGCUUGAGGAGAGGAAAUUACAUUAGCUGCAUUUUUCCUUCUACUGAUUUGCUAGCUUCCGCGAAAGUAAAACAUCUUCAGUUCAGAGAAUUGAACUUUUAUGCUGCCGCAUUGAAUUUUUCUUUAUCUUCAUCAGACAUUUCCAUCAUACUUAUACUUUUUGCAUUGUGGUCGAAAGAAUCCAACCGUGCCAGAACUGGUAAGCAACUAUGGGAAAUAGCAGCAACAAAAAGCAGUUCUCUGACUUCAACUCGAAAGUUUGCAUUCCAUAAAAUUGCUAGCACUGUGUGCCUAUGGUUGCGUUAUGUACAUGCUUAUGAGAAAAUGCUUUUACUGGUUGGAUAUCCGGUGGACGAUGCGAUAAAGAAAUUCACUACUGUUGUUGUUCAGAGUGAAGCAUAUUCAAGAACUCUCAAGCAGCAGUGGGAGGUGAUUUCUCAAAUUGAGAAGGAACUACCUGUUGAGGCCAUUGUGCAGGCACGAAGAAUUAUCCGUUAUAAAGCAUCAUCAUCUGGUCAACAGUCAAAGGAUGGUGGUCAUGGAUCUACAUUGAGCAGGAUUUCUUGGAAAAUCUGUCAAUCACUUUCCCUUAUUUGGAUGGUCAUUUGCAGUGUGCUCCAUUCUGUUAAAGGCCUUCUCCUCUUGAAGAAAAAGCUGGUCAGGAACCAAGAUAUCUGUCACAAGCUUGGAGUUAUAAAUGAAGAUCACAUCCUAGGAAGUCACAUUUGCCUAUAUGUCGGAGACUUUUCUAUUUCAGUUUCACCAGAUAAUGAAGUUCCACCAUCUUUUAAUAGGAAGCUGGUAUCAGAUGUUGGGCAUUCAUAUCCUGGUUUACUCACAUUCUGUCUCUCUAUUGAUUUCUUCUGCGUAAGGUACUCUGAAGAUGUUUCUGAACAUUCCUUUUCCUUUGCAUGUGGAUCCUUGAAGGUUGUCUCUUCUUCUCUUACGGAGGAUAAGGCCAAUAAGUUCAAUAAUAACUUCAAAGGACGUCCGAGAAAAAAUGUUCACAAUCUGCAACCUACUCUAUGGGGGGAACCUAACCAAAUUCUCCAUUCCACCGAAACUGGUGGGGCUAAUCCUCCUCAUGAUAGUGGUGGAGAUUGUGUAAAUAUGCGGAACUCUCUUAUAGAGCAAGCAUGCCUGAAUUGGAGAAAGUUUUCGUCAAGGUUUAGAGAAAAUGAGAUCCAGAACAUGGAGAAUCCUUUUCUUGUUUGUGAGAUUAAGGGAUUUUUGACUGAUCAAAGUCUCAAGAACCUUACUGCUGGAUACACUACUUGUUACAUGGUAAUGGGGAAAUUGAAUUUGGUUCUGGAGUAUACUGUAAUAGUGUCACUUACAGUUAUUUGCAGACAGAUAAAUGCAAUAUCCUGGACUACUAGCCGCAUAGGGACCAUUGUUGUAGAGGGUGGUUCUAGAUUAGAUGAGCAUCCACCAGUUGCAGAUUGGAAUAGCAAAUACAAAUCAUACUCUGCUGAAAUUAAGGUUAUGAUGCCUAGACUGCUUCCGGAGAAACAUAUGCAAAUAGCGAUACACAUUGCUGGUCCGCGAAUCAAGCUGACAUUGAGAAAGGAGGAUUUUCAUGAUGUGGACGUGGAUCUGUAUCAUAAGCUUGGGAAUGAUGAAGUGAGCCUUUCUUUUGAUGCUGACGACAUUGAACUGGGUGCCUCACCAAAUUUGGAGUCUGAUUUGACUUCCUCAAGUGGAGAUACUGCAGUUUUUGAUGCAGAACUGUUGAAGGACCUUGAGCAGAUUGAUAUUGCUAAACCAAAUGGUGAAGUUAAUAGCAGUCGAGGGUGCACUUCACUUUCUGCCUACUUGAUACUUAAAGGUCUGAAAGUUUCCCUCAACACGUUAUGGGAUAAUCAAGGCUUUCAAAUCGUCGAGCUAAAUCCUUUAACUAUCCGACUAUUAUCUUUAAGGAAGGAUCUGCAUUCUUUGGGCUCAAUAGAUAUUUCUCUCUCUAUAGUAAUGCAUUGCAUGAGUAGUGGAUUGACGACUCUGGUAUUUAUGGAUGAAUUUGCAGUUUUGCUAAAGGUAAUAUCUGGUUUGCUGCGUACAGUUUUUAAAGUUUUCAGCACGUCAAGUUUAGGUCUUAGCCAAAGUUAUGAAGACCUAUUAAGGCGAGAGUUUACAGAUUCUGAAAGUGAAAGAGCACCCAAAAAUAGAAUCACACAAGUAGCUUCAGUUCUUACUGAUACCACAUUCAAUGUCAGUACGAAAUGUGAACUUAGUUCAGUGAAUAUGAGCCUUUACGACUCCAGGAAAGGAUAUAAUGCACAUAAUAGUGUGGCAGAUGCUAAUACUAUAGCUGACAAGAAGUCGACAGUGCAACCAAUCCAUGGUUAUGGAAUUAACAUAUCUCUUGCACGUUCAUAUAUCAGGUUCUCUUUUGAAGAGGAAAACACUGACUUUCUCAUUGGUUUUUCCGAGUUUGAAUUUGAUAUAUCCCGAUAUCAGGAUGAGAUUGUGGAUACUUCUGAUCAAGUUGAACCACAGUUGCCUGUUUUGUCUCUCAAUUCCUUAUAUCAAGCUUCAAUUCCUCAUUGUGAAAUAAGUUUAAGUGUUAGAGUCUUAGGGAACAAUAUUCUGCAGGCCAGUCAGAGAAAUGUAGUGGGUGGUUCUGACUCCAGACAUGAUGCUUCAAUGUUGUCGAAUCAUUCACCGUCGUUAGUAAAUGAUGUAAAUCCUUCUUUUGAUUGGUUAACUAUAAGCAUUUCUUUAGCUGAAGUUUAUCUGGCCAGAUGUGCGGUAAAGAACUUAUUCCUCAGAGGUGACGAACUAAAUACGCUUAAAGCUUCUCUUUCUGUUGGUGGACAAUUUCAGAAAAUCUCCUGCCAGUCCCAGGGUGGUUCUAUCAUUGUUGAGAUAGCUGCUUUGGUGACAAUGGUAGAAUGCUAUGGAUUCUACUUUAAUCAGUUGGGAGGCCUUUGGCCAGCGAUGACAGAACAUCUGGUUGCUCAGAAUGAUGUGGAUACUAGUUUACGCAGGAGUUCUUCCAACCAACAGUUGGAGCAACAUAAACUAGUUAAUUGGGACCAGGUGGAAGAAUUUGCCGUGAAUCUUUCACGUGUUUCUCUGGCAUUGGUGGAUGGAGAUAAAUCUGGUGAACUUCAGAAGCUUCAGCUUGAAGGUAACGGUAAACUUGAGUUUGAACUACCAAGGAAAUUCUCAUUUCACAUAACGAACUUGUCAAUUCUUUCUCAGUUACUCCAUAUAUCUACUGAACAGCAAAGCCAAGAAACGGAACUCCAUAUAUCUACUGAACAGCAAAGCCAAGAAACGGAAACUCCUUUGCUUUCUUCUUUCAUAUCUAAUGAUCAAUCUUCCAUCAUUGUACAUGACAAUACAUUAGUUGCUCCCAAUUGUUUGGGUGAAGUUAAUUCUAUCACGAAUGAAGCAAGUAGCUCAAGCCCCCCAGAACUGGGAAAUCAAUAUCAUGCAGAUGAUUCAAGAAAACCUUGGAGGGGUGGUACAAGUUCUCAAAUUUCACUUGCCACUCCCCAGAACUAUGUUUUAAAAGACUUAAAUGCUAAUCUGGUGGCUGAGUCGCCUUUAAAAAGCAGUGGGAGUAUUUCUUUGAAGUCAAAUGACUUUUGGGUUGGCAGUGGUUCUAUAUCUGGUUUCGACAUGACUCUCUCACUGCGUGAAAUACAGAUUAUACUUUCUGCUGGGGAAUCCUUAUCUGCAAUCUUUAGCGUAGAAGCAACCAAAAGCAUAGAGCAAACACAUCAAAAGAACAGCGGAGAAUCUCCUGGAAGUCUGGAUGAAAUGGUUCCUGAUGGAACAAUUGUUUCUAUCAAAGAUAUCGACCAACAUAUGUAUGUUGCAGUUGAUAGUGCAGAAAGUGGCUACAAUUUAGUUGGGGCAAUCCACUAUUCGCUUGUGGGAGAGAAGGCAUUGUUCAGGGUGAAGCAUCACCAUGUGAAAAGCUGGAAUUCACAAGUUCAGUAUUUGUCCUUCAUCUCGUUAUAUGCUAAAGAUGAAUCAGGAGAACCAUUGCGGUUGAAUUGCCGUCGACGGUCUGAUUUUGUUGACAUUUCCAGUUCUAGUGAUACUGCCUGGGCACUUUGGAGAGCGCUUCCAUACAAACAUGACAUUUAUGAUGGUGAUGUUGACUUGGAGACAUAUCUUCCACAAACUAAAAAUAAAUUUUAUCUUGUGAACAAGAAGAAUGAUUGUGCUGCAGCUUUUGUUAAUGGGGUCCUGGAAGUUGUCAGCAAACCUGGACACUCGUUUAAGUUUAAAGUAUUUCGUGAUCCUUCUCCAUACGUUAACAAUGUUUUUUUGGAUGGUUGUCUUGAGAAGGAGCCUGGAGCAGUCAAGCUACAUGACUCAUGUAUAAGUGAGGGAAAAGAUCUGAGUCAGCUAGGAAAUUCUUUUGGUAUUACUUUGUCAGUGGACAAGGUUUCUUUGACCAUUGUUCAUGAACUUUCUGACUCCAAGGAGAAGAUUCCCCUCCUCCAGGGUUCUAUUAGUACCACUGAAGUUGUUAUACAGAUAUCGAACGCUAGAGUUCGGGUUAUGAGUGGGCUGGAGGUUUUGCUGUAUUAUUUUGAUUCCCAGAAAGAUAUUUGGAGAGAGCUCAUGCAUCCAUUAGAAAUUGAUGUUUUCUACCGUUAUAGAUUUCAGAACCAGGCAUUAGAAAAUAUUAUCCUCUGGGUGCCUGGCCAUUUCUAUGCUAGAAUUAAAGAGUUGAGUAUGACAAUUACUGAGCUUUCGAUGGACAUUAUUCUCUUUGUCGUUGGGGAGUUGAAGCUGGCUGGUCCAUACUCCGUAAGGAUCUCAACAAUUUUGGCCAAUUGCUGCAAGGUUGAAAACCAGUCAGGCUUAUCCCUUAUUUGUCAGUUCUAUGAUAAUCAAGAUGUAUCAGUUGCAGGAAGGCACUCCACUACCAUUUUCUUGAGGCACAUGGCUUUGGCAAAUCGACCUCCAGAAGCAUCAUUUUUCUCUAUCCAGCUUAUGCAGCAAGGAUUGCUCUCUACUUCUGUACUUCAUCUUUCGCUCUUGGAAACCCAGUUAUUUGCAUGGAGACCACGUAUAGUAUCUCUGCAAGAGUCAAAAACUUUCCCUGGUCCAUUUCUUGUGGCUGAAGUUUCACCCAGGACUGAGGAUUGCUUGUCAAUUGUCGUCUCUCCAUUACUUCGGAUACAUAAUGACACCGAUUUCUCCAUGGAACUGCGUUUUCAACGUCCUCAGCGUAAGGAAAUUGAUUACGCUUCUGUGAGGCUGAACGCUGGGGACACGAUUGACGAUUCUAUGGCAGCCUUUGGUGCAAUAAAUCUCUCUGGUGAAAGAAAGAAGACGCUAAAUUCUUUGAGUGUGGGUAACUUCCUAUUUUCUUUUAGACCUGAAGUUACAGACGACUUAACAAAUUUUGAGAAUCCAUCAGCUUGCUGGUCGGAUGAUCUUAGAGGUGGAAAGCCUGUUCGAUUAUCUGGGAUAUUUGAUAACCUAACUUACCAAGUGCGGAAAGCAUUUUCUUUUCAACCAAUGAAAUAUUCCUUAAGUACGGCACAUUGUGAUAUUAAGUCAGAGGAUGGACGAGUAGCAAAGAUUCAUUUUCUGAUUGAAAGCAUUGGGAAAGAUGUGCCUAUCAUACAUCCAGAUAACUUCGGAUAUGCGCAUGUAGAUAAAAGUUCACCAGUUACCUUGCAAGAGCAGAAAGAAAUCUUUCUGCUUCCUACUGUUAGCUUCUCCAACUUCUUAGAUAUGGAGAUUCAUGUGAAACUCAAUGAUACAGGUCUGCCAUCUACUAAUGGUGUUGACUGCAUACGCAGUGGGGCAAUUAUUCCCUCUGGGUCGUCUGUAAACUUAUAUGCAAAUCCUGCUUCAAUUUAUUUCAUUGUCACUUUAACUUCAUUUGGUACAAGCUGCAAGCCAAUCAAUAGUGGUGACAGUGCGAAAAGGCUGCAGAAGCACAAAAGUAAAGUUCAGUUUUUGGAUAUUGAAUUAGAUUUUGGCAAUGGGAAGUAUUUUGCAUUACUAAGAUUAUCUCGUGGACUAAGAGGGAUUUUGGAGGCUGCUGUAUUUACUUCUUACACCCUGGAGAAUAAGACCGAAUUUUCUUUGUUUUGUUUUCCUGCGAAUCAUAAGCUUGUUUCUAGGCAUGAGGAGGAAAAUAUUGCAUCCCCGGUGUCUCCAGAAUUAGGAUAUCAUCUUCCUCCCAGAUCAGUAAAACCAUGGUUCAGCAAAUGCCACAAGGUGCAGAUCAGACUCUUGGACGAGAGAGCUUCUAAAGCACCCUUGGACUUGGAUGCUUUAUCAGGCCUUACAGGGCUGAACCUUGAAGUGGAAGGAAAAUCUGGUUCCAAAACUGUUACAAAGUUAGGGGUCUCUUUGAAACCAUCUGUUAGCAAAGUAGUUCCGCUGCAGGUUGUAUCAAUGUAUCCCAGAUAUGUCAUAGUAAAUGACUCAGACGAAGUCAUCACUGUCCGUCAAUGUUUUUUGGAGGAGGAUGGCACUGACACAAUUGUUACACUGAACAGUAAACAGAGAGCACCAUUAACUUUGAGGAGUAGAAAUGAGAUGACAACAAUGAAAAGAAACACCUUCUUAGAAAAUUUCCUCAAAAAACAUGCAAAAUCCCAGAAUGAUUCAUCAUAUUUUGUUCAAUUUCAACCAAAUAAGGCCAGUUACUCCUGGUCAGGACCAGUUUGUAUUGCUUCACUUGGACGAUUUUUUCUUAAAUUCAAGAAGUUGUCUGAGUAUUCUGUUCAACAAUCAGAUCUUGCAACUCAGCAUAACUCAGACAUGUGUGAAUUUGCCACUGUUCAUGUGGUUGAAGAUGGUCCUACAAUUGUAUUACGCUUCCAUUGGCCAGCAAAUAUGGACCUGCCUUACCGCAUUGAGAACCGCUUGGAAAAUACUUCUAUUACAUAUUAUCAGAAGGGUUUAAUAGAGCCGGAGGUUUUGGCAUCUGGAAGUAGUGUUGGCUAUGUCUGGGAUGACCUGACACUUGCUCAUAAGCUUGUUGUCCAGAUUGAUGCUGUACAUCUACUACGUGAAAUAAACUUGGAUAAAGUGCGUGAAUGGAAACCAUUUUACAGAAUUAAGCAACAGAGAGGUUUAGGGUUUCAUUUACCUCUGGAAAAGAAGCCAGAAGAUCCAAAGAAAAAUAACUAUGGGCAAUUAACUGGCAUGGAGAUCACUAAGCUGGGUUAUGAAGUAUAUGCAGAGGGCUUGACUAGGGUUCUGAGAAUUUGCGAGUAUUCUGAUAGACGAAGAGGGGAAACUUCAUUCCAUUCUUGCACAAAGAUGCAGCUAAGAAUCUCCUAUUUUGCGAUUCAAUUACUGGAACGUGCAAAGCAAGAUGUAGUUGACAAGGAUAAGGGCAAUGGAUUGAUGUACAAUCCAAUCAUUAUGGCAAGACUAAAUAGGAUAGACUUUGAUGCCAUGUUUGCUGAAAAGCACAAGCUCAACCAUCUCAGUGUACAGUCACUGAGUGUGGAGCCUAAGUGGGUUGGAGCUCCUUUUGCAUCAAUACUUCGGAGGCACCAAAUAGAAAACUGUGACACAAAUGACCGAGUCCUCCGUGUUGGACUUGUUCUAGUUUCAUCAAGUUCUAGUGUCAAACUUGUCCGACACUUAUCAAUUGUUCUUCAGCCCCUUGAUUUCAACCUCGAUGAAGAGACGUUAAUGAGAAUUGUUCCUUUCUGGAGAACGUCCCUCAGCAAUACAAAUACUCCUAGUCAGAAGUAUUACAUUGAUCAUUUUGAGAUCCAUCCUGUUAAGGUUGUGGCAAGCUUUCUUCCAGGGGAAUCUUAUGCUAGCUAUAGCUCCACGCAGGAGACACUGAGAUCCUUACUUCACAGUGUUAUAAAGAUACCUCCCAUAAAAAAUAUGAGUGUAGAGCUCAAUGGCAUCCUUGUAACUCAUGCAUUGGUCACUUUGCGGGAGUUGUCAAUUAAAUGUGCCCAACAUUAUUCCUGGUAUGCAAUGAGAGCAGUCUACAUUGCAAAGGGAAGUCCCUUGCUGCCACCAGCUUUUGCUUCUAUUUUUGAUGACUUAGCUUCAUCAUCUCUCGAUGUAUUCUUUGAUCCUUCUACUGGUCAUGUUAAUCUUCCUGGCCUCACCAUAGGUACAUUCAAACUCAUUAGUAAGUGUAUUGAUGGUAAAGGGUUUUCUGGAACAAAAAGAUACUUCGGUGAUCUAGGGAAAACUUUAAAGUCAGGAGGAUCAAAUAUCCUGUUUGCUGCUGUCACUGAAAUAUCAGACUCGGUUCUGAAAGGAGCAGAAGCAAGUGGUUUGAAUGGAAUGGUGAAUGGUUUUCAUCAAGGAAUACUUAAAUUGGCAAUGGAACCUACGCUACUGGGGAGUGCUUUCAUGGAAGGUGGCCCUGAUCGAAAAAUUAGGCUUGAUCAAAGUCCUGGGGUUGAUGAGCUUUACAUUGAAGGAUAUCUGCAAGCCAUGUUAGAUACAUUGUAUAAGCAAGAAUACCUGAGAGUCAGAGUCAUUGACAACCAGGUUAUCCUGAAGAACCUACCACCAAGCAGUUCUCUUAUAGAGGAGAUUGUGGAACGUGUGAAGGGAUUUCUUGUUAGCAAAGCAUUGUUGAAAGGAGAUUCUUCAACAGCUUCUCGCUCCUUGCGUCACAUUAGGGGGGAACGUGAAUGGAGAGUACUACCAACAGUUCUGACCUUGGUUGAACACCUUUUUGUGAGUUUUGCAAUUCGAGUGCUACGGAAGCAAGCUAGUAAAGCAGUUGGGAAAAUGAAUUGGAAGCAGAAAGUGGAAGCUGAUGAUCAGAAAGCCAUUGUACCUGCAUCUGGCCAAAAGCUCAACUUUGUGUGGAAAUGGGGAAUUGGAAAGUUUGUUCUGUCAGGGAUACUAGCAUAUGUGGACGGACGGUUAUGUCGCUAUAUAUCUAAUCCUGUAGCUAGAAGGAUUGUUAGUGGCUUCCUAUUAAGUUUCCUGGAGAGAAAUGACGAAUAACAUAUCUUUCUCUCAGGCUUUUUCGAGGAAAAAUAAAUGGCCAGUGCGUUAUCCCUAUGUAAGGAUAAACGAUAGUACUUCCCUUUCAUUUUCAUUAGUGUGUUCUAUAUGUUAUGGAAUUUAAAAGGGGGAAGAAAUAAUUUUGACACGGUUAAAUGUAAAUAACAAGAGCAAAAAAAGUAUAUAGAGUUUUAUUCAGAGGUUUCCAUGUGAAUAAUAAAUGGCAAGUGCCUCUUCAUUUUUUA